CUACGUGUGGCGGCCAUAUUUAUUACACUUCCGUUCUUCAAGGGUAUCUGAAGGCACCAAGCUACACAACAUGUACAGGUUUGCUAAAGCUGCAGUCAACAUCAGCGGUCAGGCCGCCAGGCAGGUGAGGCAUGGAUCCUCCGCCCCCCAGGACUUCCACGCCAAGUACGGCAACGGUGUGAUUGCUGGUGGCGUGGUCUUCUGCGUUGCUGUGUGGUCAUACGUGUUGACUCAGACUGGCAUCACCUGGAAUCUGUCACCUGUUGGGAAGGUCAUGCCCAAAGCGUGGAGGGAGGCCGACGAGUAAAGAGCUGCCAUGACAGACCUGCAUCCCACCUAAUAAACCUUCUGGUUGUACAGAUGAAUAACAAUGAAUGCCUGUGUUUAUUCCAACAUGUUACUUUGUCCAAAUAAAUUAAGUGUGAUUCCACUGGU